AAUUUCUUAAUACUCGUGCAAAAUUGAAACUGAAGCUAUACGGUAGUCAAAAGUCGAAUCAAAUUGGGCCUAAUUUUUUUUAUGACCAACAACUUAUGUAGUGUGGGCCAGUCUUUUGAUAGUCACUUCAUUUUGGGCUUUUAUUGUCAGCCCAAUUAGAAGUUAUCGAUAUUGAAUUAAUUACAAUCCAUGCGGCCCGAAUUUAUUUUCCGGGUGGGCGUGUGGCCCGAUAUCACGAACAGAGGCCCGAAAUCGAAUUCCUAAGAAAGAACAUUAAUUUUAUCAUUUUAUUAAAAAAAAAAAAAAAAAUUAACGAACAACAAAACAGUUCGUUGAAAUUUUGUCAAAUCCAAUCUCAAAUACCAUGUCCACUUCCGCGAUCGAAGAGCUGAAAGAAAUCACGAAGCAUCCAUCGCUCACGCGCCACGCCAUGGCUACAGAUAUUGGCACCUUGGAGAAAAGAUAUUUCGAUGCUUGCAAGAGGCAAGGAAUUCCACCAAAUAAGACAAUUGUGGCUGCAUUAUUCAAGGCUAAGAUCAAGAAAGCCCGUAGGGAGAUAUCUUCAUUUAUAAUUACAAUGGAUGGCUUGAAAGACGUUGAUUUCUGCCCACUUCUCGAUCUGUUAAAGGAAGUCGAUGCUUCGGAGAUUGAUGCAGUUGACAUGAUAAACAGAUCUGAAUGUGUACUGAGUGCGGAAUACGUUACACCUUUGCUACACGCCGUCAGCAAAAAGCUUCGAGUUGUUGAUAUCUGUGACAUCUCACUUGGGAAGGAUUUCUUGCUGGAUCUUGCUCAACGAGGUUUAUCAUGCCAAGUCCUGAAUCUGAAGUCAUCCCAUUUCCGGAAACUCGGGAUGGUCGGAAAAUUCAUGAACAUGCAUACACUCAACUUGGAUUUCAGUGCUUCACUCACUACUUUCCGUGAAGAUUGUUUUUCCUGUAUGCCAAAUUUAAGAUCCCUUUCACUGUGCGAAACAAAAAUCACAAACAUGUGGACAACUAGUGCAGCAUUAGCCAAGCUCCCUUUGCUCGACGAACUUCGGUUCCAAAAUUGCAUACAUUGUAGUGAUUCGAACUCUCCUACUGUAAAAUCGGGAAACGAAGGACAAUGUUCAGGUCGUAUUGCCCUCGGUAUUCACAUGGACUUACCGUCUCCAGGUGAUGAAGUUUUUCCACAUUUGGAGCUAAAUAUGGACGAUGAAGAUAUGAACGAUUAUGAUAUAGGUCAAGAUGUGAGAAGUCAAAAUGAAGAUUCUUCGGAUAACAGCGAGGUUGACUUUUCGUGUCAUGAUCAUGAAUUUGGCUUGACGGAACUGUUGUCUGAAAUACCACUUGCUUGGGUUGAGCUGGCGGAUUUGCAGAACGAGCAGAUCUCUUCUGGCAUAUUGGACAUGCAAGACGAAUACCCAUUCUGUAAUGAAUCAGUCAAUUUAACCACCCCAACUCCUACCGCCACAAAGAAGUACAUUUCUCGACAUCCAUCUCUCAUAUGCUACGAAAAAAAUUACCGAGAGUACAUGAUAGCUUCCUUACCAAACCUCAAAGUUCUCGACAAUUUGCCGAUCGGAAAAAUCGACAGGGAAAUAGCCAAUGAUGUCUUCACACGUCAUUUCGAACGUCUCCCAUACAACAGGCUUGAUAAAGAAAGCCUGGUCACUAUUUUGCAGAAACGUGAGAUCAGAGCAAACCUUUCAAGCAGGAAAAAGUUUUCGACUCUAUCAAGAAAAUCUCAGUACUUCUAUUCGAGGUCAUUAUCUGCUGCCAAAAUGGGAUCUUGUGCAUGGCCCGAGUUACAUCCGCUUCCUAUGAGGGGCAGUGUAGCGAGAGAUGAAAGAAGAAACUUUCGUCCGAGACAGUUUGAGUACCAUCCAUCGGAUUCGAGCCUUAUGGUUUUCGGUACUUUAGAUGGCGAAGUGGUCGUCAUGAACCACGAGAGUGAGAACAUCGUUAGUUACAUUCCUUCACUUGGAGCUAUGAAUAGUGUCCUGGGAUUAUGCUGGCUUAAGAAAUAUCCUUCUAAGCUCAUUGCUGGUUCAGAUAAUGGUUCGCUUCGGUUGUACGACAUACAGCACAUGCCCACCGCAAGUAGAGGCGUGUACAACAGCUGCGGUUCGGUCAACUUCGACGAGUUUGACCAGUUGACUUCUGUUCAUGUCAACUCCACAGACGAACUGUUCGUUGCGAGCGGAUACUCGAAAGACGUCGCAUUAUACGAUAUCAGCAGUGGGAGACGUUUGCAAGUUUUUGCCGAUAUGCAUCGAGCGCAUAUUAACGUGGUCAAGUUUGCGAACCACUCCCCGUCUCUCUUCGCCACGUCAUCAUUUGACCGCGAUGUUAAGAUGUGGGAUAUAAGACAAAAGCCAACCCAACCUUGUUAUACUGCCUCGAGCACCCGAGGAAAUGUGAUGGUCUGCUUUUCCCCAGACGAUCAUUAUCUUCUUGUUUCGGCUGUUGACAAUGAGGUAAAACAGCUGCUUGCUGUUGAUGGGAGGCUCCAUAUGGAUUUUGGUAUAGCUUCAACUGGAAGUUCUCAGAACUAUACUCGAUCUUAUUACAUGAGCGGAAGAGAUUAUGUAAUAAGCGGAAGUUGCGACGAACACGUAGUAAGGAUUUGUUGUGCUAAUACAGGGAGGCGGCUCAAAGAUGUCUCGUUGCAGGGUAAAGGAGCAGGGGCAUCAAUGUUCGUUCAAUCUUUGAGAGGCGAUCCUUUCAGGGAUUUUAACAUGAGUGUUUUGGCUGCUUAUGUACGACCGAGCUCAAAUUCGGAAAUUCUUAAGAUUAAUCUUGUGGCAUCAAGUGAGCAUGACAAGUCACAUUCUCACAAGCAAAAAUCUCACUCAAUUACUGGAAUGGGAGGUUGACAUUCUUGUAAUAUAUUUAUGUGUGUGUAUAUAUAUUUGUAAUUUUAUUACUAGAUUGUACAUUUUGCAUAUAAUUGAAUUGUAUAUAAUGAAUAUUUCAAAAGUUGGCACGUGUAACGUACAAAUCUCUCUGUGUUCAUCAUCUAACGUGACUGAAAGAAGUAUCUGGACUGGUUGCUUUUGA